AUGGCAAAUGAAACUGUUGAAAAUGGAGAGGGAAAAGCUAACAUACGAAAUGCUAAUCUCACGUCGUCUUUGGAUUUGAGCACGUCUCUGGACCAUAGUGUACAAACUCGAAUUUUUAAAAUUAUAGUAAUAGGCGACUCAAAUGUGGGUAAGACCUGUUUAACCUUCCGCUUCACUGGAGGAAGCUUCCCGGAGAAGACGGAGGCCACAAUCGGUGUGGAUUUCAGGGAGAAAGCCGUGGAGAUUGAAGGCGAAAAAAUAAAGGUCCAAGUAUGGGAUACAGCAGGUCAGGAGCGCUUCCGCAAAAGCAUGGUGGAGCACUACUACCGUAAUGUUCAUGCUGUUGUCUUUGUUUAUGAUGUCACCAAGAUGGCCUCUUUCCAGAACCUUAAGACCUGGAUCCAGGAGUGCAAUGGUCAUCGGGUAUCCCCCUCAGUACCUCGUGUCCUGGUGGGUAAUAAGUGUGACCUGAUCGAUCAAAUCCAGGUGCCCUCCAACACAGCCCUCAAGUUUGCUGAUGCCCACAACAUGCUGCUUUUUGAAACAUCAGCCAAAGACCCUAAGGAGAGCCAAAACGUGGACUCCAUUUUCAUGUGUCUGGCGUGCCGAUUGAAGGCCCAGAGGUCUCUGCUCUAUAGGGAUGUGGAGAGGGAGGAUGGAAGGGUGAAGCUGUCCCAUGAACCAGAGGUCAAGUCCAAUUGCCCAUGCUGA